AUGAAUUUAUCAACUAAGAUACAAAGAAUAUUUAGAAACAGACUAUUCAAAUAUGGAAUUCCGUUCUUCGUUUUGAUGAUAGGAGGCUCUUUUGGCUUAAGAGAGUUCACACAGCUGCGAUAUCAGUUUUCGAAAGUGUCUCAAAUAAGGCCAGAUGAGCUCAAAAAAAGUGGAAUAGAGAUGAAAAAACCUGGAGAAGUAUCGAUUGAAACAGAAUUUGAGAAAAUCAAGAAUAUGGACAUUGAUAACUGGGAACAAGUCAGAGGACCUAGACCUUGGGAGGAAAAAAUUGAGAACUAA